GCAAUUCAUUUAGUGAUUUAUUGCAUUCGCAAUCACAGUUAUAAGAUUUGAAGUUAAAUAAAUUUUGUGGUCCUAAUAUCAACUGCAAACACAAAACUAUGAAGUUAGCGUGCAUUUUCUUUGCCCUUAUCAGUUGUGCUGCAUUAGGCGGUGUGCGUUCCCAGAUGCCACCGGUGCCUAUGCCACCGAUGCCACCAAUGCCAAUGCUGCAUGAUGCAAGGGUUCGUCGAAGCGCGCAAGUACCUGAACCACCAAUGCCACCAGGUCCACCUAUGCCACCAAUGCUGGAACAACGAAACCGUCGAAGUGCUCAAACCGAAGCACCACCAACCCAAUUGGAACAACGAAACCGUCGAAGCGCGCAAGUACCUGAGCCACCAAUGCCACCAGGUCCACCUAUGCCACCAAUGCUGGAACAACGAAACCGUCGAAGUGCUCAAACCGAAGCGCCACCAACUCAAUUGGAACAACGUAACCGUCGCAGCGCUCAAACCGAAGCGCCACCAACUCAAUUGGAACAACGUAACCGUCGCAGCGCUCAAACCGAAGCACCACCAACUCAAUUGGAACAACGUAAUCGUCGAAGCGCUCAAACCGAAGCGCCACCAGCCCAAUUGGAACAACGUAACCGCCGAAGCGCUCAAACGGAAAAUGUUUCGACACCAUUGGAACCAAGGAAUCGUAGAAGUGUUGCUGACUCUCCCAUCGACACAGAUUUCCAGGAAAUGAAUAUGGUUGGAGACGCAGCCGCGAAACUUUUUGGAAUCCGUAACAGACGCGAAGCUCGAGGAGGACGUAUGCCAACCAAUCGUGGCUAGACAUCUUUCUUGUGUGCGAAUGGCACAUUUAAUUCGAUUUCUGACCUUUUUCAAGUUACACAAAAUAAUGUGAAUGAAAGUACUGCUAAAAAUAAAAGAAAUUUGAUUUGAGAAUCAAAUGCUUCAACAAA